AUGGUCCUUAAGAACCGGGUGACCAUUCCUUUUUCUUUUUUGACUAACUUUUCUGUGGACCACUUUGACGUGGAUUCACACUCAACACAAAAAAGAUUCAUAAAUUGCUUCCACGUGCAAUUAGUAGCUAGUUUAAAGCAUCUGUGGUUGUACCAUUUUCAACUUGGUGAUUUGGAUCAACUUCAUGCUGCUCUUUGUUUGCUUCGAAACUCGCCGAAUCUGGAAAGCUUGCAUAUGAUUUUACAUACAGAUGAUAAUGAGCCUCGAGUGGAUGUGGGACCAGCUUCAAAUCAUUUUGAAACCCUAAACAGUUUGGACUGUACAUUGAAUGGAUUGAAAACUGUGGAGAUAGCAUCUCUAAAAGGAUCAAAACCGGAAAUGCUUUUUAUAAAGCUUCUUCUUACUCAUUCCCCUUGUCUCGAGAAGUUUACCAUUACACCAAGUAGAGCUCUUAAUGCUAAAAAAAUACUUGACAUUGCAAAGGAUGUUAUGCAGCUCCCUCGAGCCUCAACAAAGGCAAAAAUAUUCUACUUGGAUCCCUUGCCAUAA